AACGUGCAGGCGGGAACCGCAGCGAACGUCACGUGACGCGCUGAUCGGCUCAACAUGGCGGCGCCGAGUAACGGCGGAGCUUCGUAACGAGCAGCGACCCGGUUCCAGACGAACACACCGAGGCGCCGCUCUCUUCCAGACGACCUCCGGGCUCGGCUUUAUUUCUCCGGGUUGGUCGCUCUGAAGCAGAAGGCAUGCCGGGAAAAACCGUUGACCAGAACAAACAGGGAGACCUGGUGUUCGCGAAGAUGAAGGGGUUUCCUCACUGGCCGGCCAGGAUCUGUAAGUCGGACGAUGGAACCAAGAAGCGAGUCUCGGUCUUCUUCUACGGGACGCACCAAAUAGGUCUCGUCCUCCCGGAGAACAUCGUCCCGUUCGUGGGCAACAAGAUGAAGUACGGCAGCGGCGUGCGCAUCAAAGGCUUCUCUGAGGGAAUGUGGGAGAUCCAGAACACUCCGCGGGUCGGGAGCAAAGCCAGAAUUCCAGCCCAGACGUCACCUGCCAAAACGACUGCACCGGACACACUUAAAAGCACCCCCUCUAAAGCCCCGCCCACUCCCACUAAAGCCCCUCCCCCUAGACCAGGUGCCGGCAGAACCCGAGUCUCAGGUAAACAGGAAGCUGCUCUCGUGGGUAAAACCCCAACGAGAGCUUCUUUAAGGUCGGCUGGGCAGAAAACCACCGAGUCGGACGACACUUGUGUUAAUACGAGGAGGAGGAGGAGGAGGAGGGGGGAGGAGGUGAAGAAAGAGGAGGAGGUGGAGGUGAAGAAAGAGGAGGAGGAGGUGAAGAAAGAGGAGGAGGUGGAGGUGAAGAAAGAGGAGGAGGAGGAGGUGAAGAAAGAGGAGAUCGAUGCUGAACAGCAAAAGGAGACGAACCCUUCUGUGACCUCCACAAGGAAAAAGAAGCUGAAGAGUUCACAAACGUCCAAGAGUGAGGGAGGACCGAGAGACGAGGAGGAGACGAGGGGAGAGGAGUCAUCGGAGAAGCAAGGAGUCAAGAGGAGGAGAGAAGAGAAGAAAACGCAUCAAGACGACGGUGAAGGAAAGAAUGAGGAGACGACGGCAUCAGAGAGGAAAGAGGAGGAGCAGCAUGGAGGAGUAAAGACAAAAGAGAAGGAGGAAGAGGAGAGCCGGGGAGUUAAGAGGAGGAGGGACCAGAAGGAAAUGAAUCAGGACGACAGUAAGGGAGUGAAAAGAAUGGAAGAGGAGGAGAAACGGAGGAAGACGAAGCUCGAUGAAGGAGAACCAAAGACAUCGAAGGUUCAAAGGAUGAAGACGAGGAGAGCAGAAAAGGAAACAGAACAAGGUGGCAGCGAAGGAAAGAAGGAGAAGGAGAAGGAGGAGAGGACGAGGAGAGCAAAGGAGGACGAGAAGGAAACGGAACAAGGUAGCAGCGAAGGAAAGAAGGAGAAGGAGGAGAGGACGAGGAGAGCAAAGGAGGACGAGAAGGAAACGGAACAAGGUAGCAGCGAAGGAAAGAAGGAGAAGGAGGAGAGGACGAGGAGAGCAAAGGAGGAGGACGAGAAGGAAACGGAACAAGGUGGCAGCGAAGGAAAGAAGGAGGAGAGGACUAGGAGAGCAAAGAAGAAGGAGGAUGAGAAGGAAACGGAACAAGGUGGCAGCGAAGGAAAGAAGGAGGAGAGGACUAGGAGAGCAAAGAAGAAGGAGGACGAGAAGGAAACGGAACAAGGUGGCAGCGAAGGAAAGAAGGAGAGGACUAGGAGAGCAAAGGAGGAGGACGAGAAGGAAACGGAACAAGGUGGCAGCGAAGGAAAGAAGGAGGAGAGGACGAGGAGAGCAAAGAAGGAGGAUGAGAAGGAAAUGGAACAAGGUGGCAGCGAAGGAAAGAAGGAGAAGGAGGAGAGGACGAGGAGAGCAAAGAAGGAGGAUGAGAAGGAAAUGGAACAAGGUGGCAGCGAAGGGAAGGAGGAGGAGAGGACGAGGAGAGCAAAGGAGGACGAGAAGGAAACGGAACAAGGUGGCAGCGAAGGGAAGAAGGAGGAGAGGACGAGGAGAGCAAAGGAGGACGAGAAGGAAACGGAACAAGGUGGCAGCGAAGGGAAGAAGGAGGAGAGGACGAGGAGAGCAAAGAAGGAGCACGAGAAGGAAACGGAACAAGGUUGCAGCGAAAGGAAGGAGGAGGAGAAGACGAGGAGAGCAAAGAAGGAGGACGAGAAGGAAACGGAACAAGGUUGCAGCGAAGGGAAGGAGGAGGAGAAGACGAGGAGAGCAAAGAAGGAGGAUGAGAAGGAAACGGAACAAGGUGGCAGCGAAGGGAAGGAGGAGAGGACGAGGAGAGCAAAGAAGGAGGACGAGAAGGAAACGGAACAAGGUGGCAGCGAAGGAAAGAAGGAGGAGAGGACUAGGAGAGCAAAGAAGGAGCACGAGAAGGAAACGGAACAAGGUUGCAGCGAAGGGAAGGAGGAGGAGAAGACGAGGAGGGAGACAAGGUCGAGGGAAAAGGAGGAGCAGGUGAAAACUAAGAGGGACGGAGAGGAAAGGAGAGAAGCAGACAGGAAGGAGGAGACAAUGAUGAAGAAGGAGGAGGCAACGAUAAUGAUGAAGAAGGUGAAGGAUGUGGUGGUGGUGAUGAUGAAGAAGGAGAAGGAGGCGACGAUGAAGAAGAAAGAGGAGGCGGCAACGAUGUUGAUGAAGAAGGUGAAAACCGCCGGGAGCAAAGGGAUGAAGACGAGGAGAGCAGGGAAAAAGAAAAAGGAAGCAGGAAAGGAGGAGGAGGGGGGAGGCGGCGGCGCCAUGAACGAGGAGCGACAGCGCCGCCUGGCUGCCAAGAGGGAAAGUCUGCUGAGGUCUCUGAGAGGUCUGCUGAAGGACGACAGAGGAGCGAAGAGGAGGCAGACCACGACGAGCCAGAACGGGGAGGCGAAGAGGAGGAGGAGUCAGAAGACUUCCAUGAGCAGGAAGUCGAAAGAGGAGGUGAAACUGAGAGGAGGCCCCAAAAAAGAGGGGGAGGAGCAGAGGACCAAGAUGGAGGACAAGAAGAUGGACGUGAGAAAAGAGAGAGAGAGCGGGCAGAAGACAGAGGAGAGCGUGAAGGAGAAGAAGGACGAGAGGAAAAUCAUUGGGAAGAUCGUGAAGGCGACGUCUGGAGGAGGAGCCAAGGUCCAGCUGAAGACCAUCAUGGGAGGGGUGACGAUGGCGGAGGAGAAGAAGAAGGAGGAGGAGAGGGCGGGCAGAGAAGAAAAGGUAGAAGACAAGAAGAAGAGUUCAGGGAAAGGGAAGGAGAGAGAGAAGAGGAAAGACAAGAGCGUGACGGAGGAGGAGACUGAGAAGAAGAACGAAGACGAGCAGAAAGAUAAGAAGAUGAAGAAGGAAAGCGAGAGCAAGGGCGGUAAAACCACAGAAGAAGAACCAGAGUCUGAGCAGAAGUGCGCCGCAGAAGAAGACGACGGGGAGACGAAACCACCGAAGAAGAGGAGCGACAAAGUGGGCGGGGCGGCGAGGAGGGCUGAGCAAGACGUGGCGGAGGAGGGCGGCUCGUCGGAGAAGAGGGCCACCAUGACGCUGACGGACUCCACGCUGCACCGGAUCCACGGAGACAUCCGGAUCGCUCUGAAGGCGGACUGCCCCGACAUCAGGAAGUGUCUGAUGGCGUUGGAUCAGCUCAGCAUGGUGUACGUGACGUGUAAACACGUCCAGAGGCACAGCGAGCUCGUCUCCACCCUCAGAAAGCUGCGGUACUACAAGGCCAACCAGGCCGUCAUGGACAAGGCGGCCAUGUUGUACAGCCGCUUCAAGAACGCCUUCCUGGUGGGGGAGGGGGAGGAGGUGGUGAGCGCCGCUUUCCUGCGCUCCCUGCUGCAGGAGAAGGAGAAGGAGGAGGCUCAGCGGGCGGAGAGGCUGAAGGGGGAGGAGCCUCUGCAGGAGGCGAAGGGGAGAAGGAGCGACGGAGGAGGGGGCGAGGAGGAGGAGGAGAAAACAGAAAACGCUCCAGUGGACUGUCCCUGAAGUUUCUGUGUUUUUGAAGCUGCCUGGACUGAACCAACUCUAAUCUGAGGGGUGGACCAAGAACCACUCCCCUUUCCCCCACAUGAACAAUGACAUCUUCCACACACACACACACUCUCUCACUCUCACACACACACACCUGUACAUUACCUGAUUAUUUAUUACCUGUUGUAAAUUAAAGGAUGUAUAUCUGAACAGGAGUGUUUCACACCUGAGCAUUAACCCUCACCUGUCUCUCUGAGCUGACCCCACCUUUCGUCAUUGGGUGCGCUGUCCCUUUAAGAAGCCGACGUAGCCUUAACCAAUGAAUGAAACAUUGUUUCAGUUAUCUGAAACAAUGUUUCAGUCGUGAACAUUUAAAACCUUCAACCUGAGUUGGUUCAGGCCGGUGACGGGGCUGAUGGGAAAUGUAGUUUUAUUGAGAAAUGAGCUUCGAGCUUCGAAAGCCUAAACUUUGAGCAUCGCCCUCUUCCGUUAAAGGCCGGCUUGCACAACGCUUCGGUUGCCGGGCAGGAUUCGGUGCCUUGCUCAGCGGCGCUGCGGCAGCAACCUGGUGAAGAACUACUUUUAUAGCUUUUGUACAUGUUUUAUUCAGUAAUGUUCUUGUGCCGCUGUGAGAUGGUUGUUGUUGUUGUUGUUGUUGUUUACUCCGUCUGCAAACAAGCAGAUGACCCGUUCACUGCUUGUGAGACUGAACCCCUGAUUAUUAGUUCCAGAUGUUAAAGAAGCUCUUGUAUGUUCCUCAUUUAUGAAUAUUAAAGAACCUCAUUCAUGAUUAUUAAAGAACCUCAUUCAUGAUUAUUAAA